AUGCGCUACACUCCUUGGGCUUUCCUUCUCGCUGCUACAGACAGUUUCCACAGUUCGGGCCUCUGCGAAAAAUCCGGAUCUCACUCUCCCACGUCUACGUCCGUCUACGAUGUCUGGCUGGCAUCCAGGGUAAUUCCCAACGAAAGCGGGGGGGCAACCACACUGGUAGCUGGCGCUCAGCGGCCUAUUAAUGUUGCGAAUACCCAUCUGGCUCUUCAGAUUCUCAAACGGUGUACACCGGAACUUGUUCAAUGCAUGUUCCAGUGCCACCCAACAAGAACAGGAUGCAUGUUAGCCUUCAACAUGCUUCGAAGUCUGUUUCCAGCCUUCCGUGGCUAUUCCCAAGCAAUGAUCAUUGACGAGGUGCAAUCUCUCAUAACCUCUGGCAUCUUCACUUGGUCUCGACUGGCGCGUCUCGUGGGCGUAGAAAUUGCACGGCGGAUAUGUGAGAAUUUAUUGGACUACAUGGCUGCUUCAAAUGAGCAUCUCGUUCUGGGUUCAGCGCGGUUCGUCGUCGAGCGAAAACAAUUGGAACAACGCAUUCGUUUGGACAAUCCUUCGCUCUCCGACCCCGUUAUUCGCGACCUGCUGCAGGAAUCUGACAUCUUCGCGCGCUCCUUCACUGGGGGUGGAUUCGGGCUGAUAUCCCCACUCGAAUUCAUCCAAAUUUUCGCGCUUCUUACAGAAAUCGGAUCACAUAUAUGGCUGGUUCUCUCUUUGACGAGCAACGCGACACAUAUGGGCAUAUUGCUACUUUCGAUACUCUCCGUCAUAUUUCCGCUCCUUCUUCCAUGGUUUACUAUGUCCCAUAUUCCAACGGACCUAUUGUAUACACCACAAGAAUCCCGCGCAGCGCGCAGGCAGGAACAGAUGCGCAACCUCGCUUAUAGCGACAUGCAUCGCCCGGAGGUUGCAUUAUUCGGUCUACAUGACUGGAUCCUAAGCUCGUGGUCUAGGGCUUGGAAGGUUGUCUUCGCUUCGGAACAGGCUCGUUGCUCUCCCAGCUUCUCUCUGCUAUCCGGAAACGGUUUUACAGACCUGAUUAUAUCCCUUCAAAAUAUUCCUUUCGUUCUUCUUCUCCAAUCAUCGUCUUCCGCAACAUUAGGAUCUCUAACUUUAUACCGAGGAUCCGUGCAAUCUAUCAUUUAUGGCUUCAGGAAUCUCUUGACCACUACAAGAAUGGCAUUUCAAACCAUCUUUCUUCUCUCGGCGUUCUGCGCGAGCAUGCAGGUAAAGCCAAAAUUACAACCACCUGAGCAUGAGGCUGUCGAAUACAAGAAAAGGCCUGGCGGAAUCAAGAUUGAAGCCAGAGGUCUUUCGUAUACAUAUCCGGAUAGUGUUAUGCCCGCUCUGCAUGACGUCAAUUUCACUCUCGAGGCGGGAGAGACCCUUGCAAUCGUCGGUUACAACGGCAGUGGCAAAUCAACCCUCGCCAAGAUUCUCCUACGCAUCUGUGAUUUCGACCAGGGAGGACUAUUUAUUAACGGCGCCGAUCUACGAAAACAUCGUGUUCCGGAUUAUCACAAGCGCGUUUCAGCAGUGUUCCAGGGUUUCUCAAAGUAUAACUAUACACUGGAGGAAAACGUGGGGCUUGGGUGUAUUGACAAAAUGAAGAGCCCGACGGCGAUCAAGGACGCCCUUCACCUCGCGCAAGCGGACGGGAUCGUGAAAUCCUUACCUCAUGGCCUCCAAACCGUCCUUGAGGGACCUGGAUUUGAAAUGCUCCCGUAUCCUGGAAGUCUACCAUCAGGCGACCGACAUCACCACGGACUGUCGGGCGGCGAGUGGCAGAGAGUCGCCAUCGCGAGGGCUUUCAUCAAGGCAGUUGAACCACAAGUUGAUCUACUCGUGUUUGACGAACCGACGUCCUCAUUAGAUGCACACGCACAGCAUCAAAUAUUUGAAACCAUACAUAAGAUAACACAUACCGAAGACGGUCGACCAUUGAAGACCGUUGUAUUUAUUACACACCGACUGUCCACCGCUCGUCGUGCCGACAAGGUCGCAAUGAUGGAGAAUGGGACCAUUUGUGAAUUCGGGACACACGAAGAACUGCUACGUCUAAAUGGCAAAUACGCCACGUUAUACCAUCAAUCUGUGUAG